AUGUCAGGUACUUGGGAUGAUCAAUGGAGUAUCGAGAUUGGCGGAGACGGCCAGACUACAGAAAUCACAGGCUACCUUGAACCGGAUCCACAAAUAGUGGAGAAAGUAAGGUUGCUACAUCAACAGUUGUGGUUGAAAAUGUGGCUGAAUCAAUGCGACUACUACAUGCUAUACAAUACCUCUUCAAUAUUGAUAUAUCACCUUAAGUCACCCACGCAAAUCCGAUUGUCAUAUGUCGCUCCUCUCGAAGAAGCUUCAUGUCCCGAUCCCAUCUCCGUAGAGAGAGUCACUUGCCCCGACUCAAUUAGGGUCUAUUCUUCCGAAAGAUGGCAAUCGCCUGUGACACCCUCCGCAGCACCACGAACAAAUCCGAAGGACAGAGCUACUUCGAUAGGUAUCGCAUUGCAGAAGAUGAGGUCCAUCUUAGAUCAGGAUGGAAAAAGGCUUGGUAGGACAUGGGAUGUCUAUCUAGCAGUUCUGGCUAUUUCUCUACGAUUGACGCAGAACAAAGACGAUAUCAAGGGUAUGCUGGGACCAAAAGGGAUUCAUGAAGGAUCUGCAAAUCCAUAUGUUAUCCUACGAGUCGUUGCCAAAAUCACGCCUACUAAUCUUCCUGAAUGUUUGAGACUUGUCGAGAAGAGGUCUCAGACUGAGGCGAUGAAAGCAGCAAGAAACGAAUCUAAAAUUUACAACACUCGUCUAUUGAAAUUUCAAGGUGACAAGGUACCGGAAUGUUAUGGACUUUGGAAAGUAAACUCAGGACCAAAUAAGAGAUUGAUCAUGGUGCUUUCGCGAGUCGAAGGACGGUUGGAACGUGAGGAUGAAAAUUGGGAACAUUUACACGAUCUUGACAGAAUCGAAAUUGCCAAAUUGUAUCAAGCUAUUCAUUCGGUUGGAGUCGUUCAUGGCGAUAAAUCCCUGCGACAUAUUCGUUAUGAUUAUAGUUAUCCAAGUACUGAUCCUUACAGAGAUCCUUCCCCGUUGAUGUUGAUAGAUUUCGAAGGUAGCAAGAUCGUCGGUAAACGACAUCCGGAUCUAUCGAAAGAGAAAUCCAUCGUGCUUUCGAAAUUGGACUUGGCUGAGGAUUAUUACUAG